AUGGUCAGCCUUAUUCUCUUGCUGCUCAUCGUCUUGAAUGGUGAGCGCGAGCCGGAUAGCCUUAAAGCUUUGAAUGCUCUGGCAGCUCGUUGCUACUCCUCUAGACCGUCUUUCCUUCCAGAAGCAUUGGUUGGUCCACAAGCCAGCAACUGUAAAAAAACUGAAACUGAAAAUGCUACUGCAACUGCCAAUGCAUAUAUAGUUACAUCUGCACAAGCAACUGCAACUGCAUCUUUACCGGCAACUGUCAGUGGUACUGCAAAUACAACUGCAACUGCAACUACAAUUGCACACGCUAUUGCACGUGCAUCGGCAACUGCAAAUGGCACUGCACAUGCUACGGCAAAUGCAAUUGCAAUUGCCCUUGCACCGGCAAUUGCAAAUGCAUCAGUAACUGCAAUAGCAACUGAACAUGAAACUGCAAAUGCAAUUGCCACUGCUACUGCACAUGCACAUGCAACAACAAAUGCAACUCUAAUAGCACGUGUAAAUGCCUUGGCAAGUGCACAUGCAUCGGCAACUGCUACUGCAACGGCAAAUGCAACUGCACUUGCACAUAUACAUGGAACGGCUACUGCAACAGCAACAGAACCUGCACUUGCACAUGCAUCGGCAACUGUUACUGCAACUGCACAUGCACCUGCAGCCGUCCAUUCAACAGCAACUAAAACUGCAAAAGCACAUAAAACUGCCAUUAAAACUGCACCUGCAACUGCAAAUGCACUUAAACCUACAUAUGCCACAGUUACUGCUACUGCAAACGAAAAUGCAACUAAUACUACAACAGCAAAUGCAACUGCUACUGCAACAGUUCCUGCAAAUGCACAUUCACCUACACCUGCACAUAGAACGGCUACUGCAACUGCAACAAAAUCUUUUAAUGCACAUGCUUCAGCAACUGCAACUGAAAAUGCCCCUGCAACCGACCAUGAAACGGAAACUGCAACCGCAACGGCAAAUGACACCGCAAGGGCAACUGUACCUGCAACUGCACAUCUACCAACAACUGCACUUAGACAUCUACUGCCACUGCAACAGUCAACUGAAAAUGCUACCAAUACUGCAACUGCACAAGCACCUGCUACUACACAUGUAAGUGCAAGUGCAACUGCAACCGCACAUGCAAUCGCAGAUGCAAAUGCAAUUGCAUCAGUAACUGCAACUGCCACUUCAUAUAAACUUGCAUCUGCAUAUGCUACAGCAACUAAGACUGCUACAACAAAUGCAACUGCAGCUGCCACUACAACUGUAACUGCAUACGCCUAUGCCUCUGCAAAUUCAACAAAUAACAAAAAUGCCACAAAAACUGUUACUGCAGUAGAACAUGCCACGGCAAAUGAAACAGCAACUGCACAUGCACCUGAAAAUCCAAAUGCACCAAAAUGUGCACCUGAAACUGCACAUGCAACAGAAACAGCAACUACGACUGCACAUGCUACUAGAACUUUACCUUUGCCUGCAUCUGCAAAUGCUACUAAAAUUGCUGCUGCCACUGACUCUGCAACCGCAAAUACAACUACCACUGCAACUUCAUAUGCUACUCUAAAUGCAACUGCAACUGCAACUGCACAUGUCUUUAAAUAUGCUAAUGCAACAGCAACUGAAAAUCCUACUAAAACUGCCACUGCACAUGCACCUGCUACUACACAUGCAACUGCAAGUGCAACUUUAACUAUACGUGCAUUGGCAACUGCAAAUGCAGCUACAACUAAAACUGCACCGGCACAUGCAACUGUAUUUGCAUUAGCUACUGCAACUGAAACUGCAACUAUGACUGUCACUGCAAUUGCAAAUGCACCUGCAACUGCACAUUAA